ACGGGUUUGAUUCGACGAAGAAGAACAGACCCGGAAGUAAGUCUUUGUUGGUUUGCCCAUGUGUAGCUGUUAACUCGUUCAUACAUUCUUGAAACGAUAACCCCUGUUCUACUUCAUUUUAUAGUUUCUUAAGGAACACGGACAUACUCGUGCUUUUAUGUUUCGCAAAUAAACUGAAGACGAUAACGGAGGAACGCAUACGGAGACUUAAAUUUUAGCUAGUUCACUAAGAUAUUGCGUUAAAGCCGACUGCAGAGUCGUGGGUGCAAGCAUUUAAAAAAAAUAUUGAGCACAUUAUCUGAAUGAAAAGCGCUGUAGAUACUAGCAUGAUCAAGGAAAACCGGUGGAACAUACCCCCCAAUGCUCCAGCGUGCAUGGAGAAACAUCUAUGUUCGGCGCAGUACAGAGCAGAUGGCACCUUGUUGCUCGGUGCCUCCAGCCUCACUGGCAGGAGCUGGCAGGGAUCUGUUUGGAUCUAUAGUGACCCUGCGCAGGCCCCAAAUGAAGAGCAAUGCAAAGCUGGUGUGCAAACUGAGGCUGGUGUUACAGAUGUCAAAUGGGUAUCAGAAAAGGGUGUUGUAGUGGCAUCAGACUCUGGUGCAUUGGAACUCUGGGAACUGGCAGAGGAUGAGCGCCUGCUGGUGAAUCGCUUCACCAAACAUGAGCAUGACAACAUUGUCACCACAGUGAGCCCAGUCACAGGAGAAAAUGGUGCUGUCACUGGUAGCAUGGACUGCCGAAUUAAAGUCUGGGAUCUUGGUCAGGAGACGGUUGUUACUACCUAUCAUGCUCACACGCAGCCAAUCAGCUGUGUUGCCUGCAGUCCUACAGAUGAGUCUCUCUUCCUCUCCUGUGGUCAAGAUGGCCGUGUGCUGAUGUGGGACAGGAGGAAGCCAAACAAACCAGCCACAAGAAUAGAUGUAGAGUCCCCCUGCUGCUCUCCCACCACUGUAGCUUGGCACCCCCACCACAGAAGCACCAUUGCUUUUGGUGAUGAGCUGGGCAGAGUGACAAUGAAGGAUUUUCUGGGAACAGAGCCAGUCAGGGUGGAGCAAAUCCACAGACGCCGAGUCAAUGGGCUUGCCUUCUCAACACAUAGUGCCUCCUUACUUGCCUCCAUAAGUGACGAUUGUUCCCUUGCCAUUUUGAACUCUGAUCUGCGAGAAAUACAUCGAGAUCGGCGACACCAGGACUUUGUUAAAGGUGCGUGCUGGCUCCACGGCGGUGCCAACACUGUCACAACCAUUGGGUGGGAUCACCUCGUGCUUAACCACACGGUGGGUCUGGCUGCUGGAGCUCCAAACUCCUCCUAGACCCAACAGAUGCUGACACACAUUGGAGGAGAACGGUUUACAAUAACUUCUGUCCCCCCUGUUUUUAAGGGGUUCUACAUGUAUCAAAAAGUUAAGUAUGCUGCUCAAGAAAUAUGAAUUAAAAUGUUUCAUUGUCAUUAAGUA